GCGACAGCAGCCACAGCGAGAAAGAGAAGAUGGCGGAUGGAGUGAACGUCGGAGUGAACUUGGAUGCUUUUUCUCAUGCAAUUAGCGGCAUUCAGGCGCUCCGCUCCAGCGUGAGCCGGGUGUUUGAGUCCCUCAAGGAUGGCAUGAAAAACCGGGAGACCCUGGAGGGUCGAGAGAAGCAGUUUAUAGCCGAAUUUCAGGACAACCUGCAGGCAGUGAACAGAGACCUCAAUGAGUUGGAGCGUCUCAGUGGCCUGGUUGGUCGCCCGUCAGAGUCCCAUCCUCUCCACAACAGCGGCCUUCUCAGUCUGGAUCCAGUUCAAGACAAAACUCCUCUAUACUCACAGCUGCUGCAAGCCUACAAGUGGUCCAAUAAGUUGCAGUACCAUGCUGGCUUGGCCUCCAGUUUAUUGAAUCAACAGUCACUCAAAAGAUCAGCCAAUCAGAUGGGGGCUUCAGCCAAGAGACGACCCAAAGUUCAACCCAGUACCCUGGUAUUACCUCCUCAGUAUGUGGAUGACGUCAUCUCUCGGAUCGGUAGGAUGUUUCCAGACAUGACCAUUGAGCUGUUCAGACCCAACGGAACAUCUGCUGUACUGCUGGUGACCCUUGGAAAGGUGUUGAAGGCGAUCGUGGUCAUGCGAUCACUUUUCAUUGAUAGAACUGUUGUUCGAGGAUACAAUGAGAAUGUUUACAAUGAGGACGGAAAGCUUGACAUCUGGACCAAGUCCCAGUACCAGGUGUUCCAGAAGGUAACAGACCAUGCCACCACCGCCCUAUUGCACUACCAGCUGCCCCAGAUGCCCGACGUUGUUGUCAGAUCCUUUAUGACCUGGUUACGGAGCUACAUUAAACUUUUCCAAUCUUCCUGUCAGCGAUGUGGUCAUUUUCUGCAGGACGGACUUCCUCCAACAUGGAGAGACUUCAGGACUCUGGAGGCGUUUCAUGACACGUGUCGCAUGUAAAAACACUUCCUGUACAUCUCUUUGUGUAACUAAUGUAUUUUGUCUUUGUUUGUACUUUUGUAAAGAAUUUUAAUAAAUUUUUGUUUAAUUUUCAAA